UCAUGUUUAAUUAUUCCGGGAUGUUGCCGAAAAGUUAAAGUUUAUAUUUUCAUCCACCAUUGCAAGUACUAAGUACCAGAAAUAUCUAAACUGAACCAGAGAUCUCAAAAUAAUAACAUAGUACGUAUUAUUUUUAGCCGCAGAACCUCAUAAGAAAUACAGUGUUAUAACUGAUGAAAAAAGGAAUUUCCUUAUUAAAUAGGUCUUAGAAGAAGGGGUUUCUGUCAAAUUAGCUGCUGAAGCCAAUGAAAUUAAAUUAUCGACAGCCAAAGCCAUUUUGAAGACUUAUAAAACCUAAGGGAGGAUUGGCAAAAAGAAAGAGCGCUAAAAAAGACCAAAGUUGAACAGAAAAACUGUCGAUAAACAAUUAGAUUAAGCAACAUUAAUUAAGAAGUAAUUGCCCAAACUUGGUCAAAAGUAUUGAUUUAAUAUUAAGUUAGUUUUAUUUACUAUCCCUAUAGCUAUUAACCUCCCCCUAUAUUUUAUAAAAUUGAGCAUUCUAAUGAUAUUAAAACAGAAAUUUGA